AUGUGCGAAGGGAUUGACAACCUGAAAUCCCUUUACGACCGUGCCGGGAAGACUUUCUCCGGCGGUCCUUCUGCGGCACAGGAUGUGCCGCGUCGUACUGCUCAACCAGACCCAGUACGUCGAUCAUCAGUUGGGAGCGGGUCUCCUAAGUAUCCCAGGACGGGGGAUAGCCGCGCCACCGGACGAGAUAACUCGUCCGACGUCCGUUCAAGUCGCGGUGGUUCAACAGCUGCUCAACCAGAUAGCGCUGGCCACCGCGAGAGUCCUCUAAAGGAGGUGGAGGAGGAGGGAAACGCUCUCCAAACUAUCCAUGAGCGGGACAGGCGUCUCCAACUGGCGGACACUGUCUUGAAGCAUCGAGCUGAGUUUGCCUUUGCUCAGCUUGAGAACGAGAGAGCGUUGGCAUCUCUGCGUGACGAGCUAAGGGUAGCUCGUGUAGAUAUCGACCGAUCUCGGGCUGAGAUAACUGCUCUUCAGACCCUUGUCGAUGCCCACCAUCGGGAGCACAAGGCUCUCUGCGAGAUGCUUGAGCGCAAGGGCUUCCUUCAUCGGAAGAAGCAGCGUACUGAUGGUACGGCUUAA